AGGUUCCUCAGACACACACUCUGGCUGAUCUUGUGGGUGUAACGGAGACAAAAUCAGACCAAGUGCUGGAACAAGAUGAGGAUCCUGAUUCUGCUCAGUCUCUGUGCUCUGGCAGUUGUCUGUGUUGCAGAUUCCUCCGAAUCCAAUGAAAUAGAUGAUCUUCUGUUCCUCGGGAGAAGAGAUGCAAACUCCUUUAUGAGACAACCGAGACUUCCCAAUCACUGGGGCAGAAGGGACCGAUUCAAGUCUCCAUAUGAGAUAAACCGGGAGAAGUGUGAGGAGUUUCUGCCAUGUGAGCGUCUGUCCAGGCAAGUGGGCCUCAAACAGGCCUUUGGCAAGUAUUUCAGUAACAGGAGACAACGUCCCAGUGGCUAUGGGAGAUCGAAGCCCAGGAGACAUCGAGGAAGACGAAACAGGAGACAUCAUUACAGAUACUAGACCACAUUGCCUUUGGAACCAUUACCAAAAAAACAAAUACAUACAAUUAAAAGUUAAAUCUGCAAUUAGCAGGAUAAUGUUACCUGGGCUUGGCACCUGGAUCACAGUGACUGAAUCUGAGAGGCCCAGCAUAAACAUCAACUCUAGAUUCUGAUCUGAAUGGAUUGGAAAAAAUCUCUUCCCCUGCCUUGCUAUCACAACUCCCUCAUCUGGUGGGCACUGAUUAGUAUCAUUCAUCUGGUCUUGACUUGGUGUCAUGGUCAGCAAUGUAGCCUGGCUGGACUGGAGGCAAGUUGUUUCGGGAUUGAUGUUAAAGAGAUUGCAAACUGGCACUGACACAAAGUCCAACUCCCACCAGCUCCCCAAGUUGAGACCACCAUUGGAGCUCCUCUGUACUCCAUCAUCCCACUACCCUUCAAUUGUAUCCAUUUACAUCCUCUCAACCCUGACUAUACCUCCCACUUAGAUCCCAUUACCCCAGGCACUGACCCCACACCCUAACCUCAGUCCCUUCUCAGCCAGGCUUACUCCUCUGUAGAUUCACAAAAGAGAAACCAGCCUGAGGAUGUCUGAGGGGGUGACAUACAGCUGGAGGUCAUUGAGAGAUAGGAUUCAGCUGUCACUGAGAGUGAGCUGUGAAAGCUCACAAGGGGUAAGGCAAUUCCUCUUCACCACAAUACAAGUUGUGGGUAAUUCAAAUGUAGCAGCUCACAAGCUCAGUCGUGAUCCCAGAAGGAGACUCUGAGGGAGUCUAGCUCAGGUGAUGUUGCUGGACUAAUGAUCCUGAAAUUGCUAGCUCUAUGUUGUGAAUACAAACUCAGUCUUUAUUGUUUGUUGUAAAAAAAUGAUUUACUAAUGCUAUUUAGGGAUUUAAGGAAGUCUUCCAUCAAUAGCUGCAGUCUGGGCCUGUGACUCCAGUCCCAUACCAAUAGUGCUCUCUGAGGUGAUCUGCAAACCAGGCAAAUUGAGUCAGUCAACUAUGGUUCGGGGAGAGGCUCCUGACCUAACAAGAACAGUGAUUGGUUGAGUAAUAAAGGUCUGGCCUGAUCCAACUUCCCCCAAAGCUGUGAGUGAUUUCACCUACAGACUUGACAUUCCCACCACAUGUCCCCCUGCACCUGGAAAUAAAAUCUUUUUGAUUCAUAACAGACUGAUGCCAGGCCCGGUAGUUAGAAAGGUCAUUCAGGAAGCCUCCCACUAGUUGUCAGAACCUUGGCACUAGCUGGGGAGGGAAGCUAUGGGGAGAUGGACAAACCAUCAGGCAAUGGCCAAGAGUGGGAGACAGAAUGAGGAAAGGUGGGACCACUCACAGAUAUUCAGGCCCAGAAAUGAGGAAUGCCCUUAGCUGAAGCCUUGGCGUAAAGUGGGGAAACAGUUUGAAAUGUAAAGCUGUCCUACAAUCCUUCAGGGCAAGGCUUGUCUAUUUCCUCUGAUCACCGCUCUGCAGAAAAAUCCACUCUGUUAGAAGACAAUUUAUUCAGAGAAAUAUCACAGCAGAGACUGGAAUUUGAGGUUACAUUUUGAAUUGGGGGUGAGGGUCUGGGUUAGAGUUUAGAGGCCACACUACCAGCGGGAACCAUCUCUCAAUAUAUUACCAAUUCCAACAUCAUAUCCUCUCCCUUGAAACCUGAUUGCUGGGUGACAGAUCCCUUGGGCUCCUUGCUCCCGGUAACAAUAUCCUUCUUGCUAAAUAUCUAUAAUCAAAGCAGCCUGCAUUAUAUCAGCAGAGAAAACCAGAUUCUGGAUUAGUGGUGCUGGAAGAAAACCAGAGACUAUAGUCAGCAAGGAUAUAUUGUGUAAAUAAAGCCUGCAGCCUCACAACUCAUAUUGUUCCUAUCAAUGCCUGAAGCUUCCUGCCUCAUCAUUAUUCACAAAGUCAUGUGAAUCUGCAAUGACAUUUACAGAGAUAUAUAAUAAAGAAUUAUAGGAACUC